AUGAAGAUUUUGAGCUUUUUUCUUAGUGUUAUAAACAGCCAGAGCGAAGAAGACGGAUACAAAGGGAAUUUUAGAGGACUAGAUUUGUACAACUACAUUCAAAGAAGUAAUGCUGUUUAUGAGAUCCAAAAUGCGGUGAAUUUCGAUGAAUUUCAACGCGGCCUUGGCUUUGGGAAUAUCAAUAAAGCUUCAAGCGUAUCGGCCUUUGGCCUAGAAGUCGCCACGGCGAAUCGGGUCAACCAAAUAAUGAAAAUGACGAUGUUUCUUCAAGAAACGCCCGAUUUUGACAAGUUUUAUCGAUACGGCUGCUGGUGUUUUGUCAAAGGUGUGGAAGCAGUCCUUGGCGGUCACGGAGAACCAGUCGAUGAGAUUGACCGUGUCUGCCAGCGUUUUCACAAAUGCAUUUCAUGUGUCAACAUGGACCAUGUCGACUGUCCAGAUUGGGCGCCGUACACCUUCAAGUCGAACAAGUCACGUGCCACGGGCGAAAAGAACGUCGUCUGCAAGAACAAGCGAGGCUCUUGUCGCCGACACCACUGCGAAUGCGACAAAAAGCUGGCGAUGGAACUUGUCGCUCUUGAAUCCGAGUAUUCCCCGUACUUUUCGCAUGCUAAUGGCGCUUUUGAUACGGAAAAAUUUUGCUUCGCGAACAAAAAGAACGAUGAGAACAGCUCAAAAAAAGAAUUUUCCAAGGAGGAAACAUACGAAAAUGCUGCGGGAACCGAACCUACGACCCGAGAAGAUUAG